AUGGGGACCUCGGCAGGGACGCCGGGGAUGCCGAAGACGAAGGCGUCGGAGCUGGAUCUGCUGCUGGGCGAUGACGUGGAAGACGUGGCCAGCUACGACGCCGUGGACAAGGCGCUCGCGCUGUCUGCUGGGGAGGUGCAGGCCCCCGACGAGGGGCCCACGCAGCACGGAUUCAGCUGGCGGACGUUGUGGGCGUACGCGGGCCCGGGCUGGCUCAUGAGCAUCGCGUACGUGGACCCGGGGAACCUCGAGAGCGACCUGCAGGCCGGCGCGUACGCUGGCUACCAGCUCACCUGGGUGCUGUUUGGUGCAACGGCCAUGGGCUUCUUUCUGCAAGUGCUGGCUGCAAGACUGGGGGUGGUCACGGGCAAAAACCUGGCGGAAAUGUGCACGGCGGCGUACCCUCGCUGGGCAUCGCUGACGCUGUGGAUCAUGACGGAGAUCGCGAUUGUGGGGAGCGACGUACAGGAAGUGCUGGGCUCGUCCAUCGCCUUUCAGGUGCUGUUUGGCUUCCCGCUGUGGGUUGGCUGCUUGAUCACGGGCUUCGACACGUUCACGUUCCUGCUGCUGCACCGCUACGGUAUCCGCAAGCUCGAGGCGUUCUUUGUGUCGCUGAUCGUGGUGAUGCUCGUGUGCUUCUGCGCCAACUUGGUCCGCGGCGAGGUGGCAUCUGCGGAUGUUGUGAGUGGCUUUGUGCCCCGUGUAGAUCGCUACGCCGUGACGCAAGCCGUCGGCAUCCUCGGGGCCGUGAUCAUGCCGCACAACAUCUUCCUGCACUCGGCUCUGGUGCAGACCCGACAAGUGAACCGGCACGAUGGACGCAAGGUGCACGAGGCGAACAAGUACUUCGCCAUCGAGUCGGGCCUCGCGCUGUUCGUGUCGUUCCUGAUCAACCUGGCAGUGCUCGCUGUGUUCGCUAAGGGGUUCUUCUCGUCGGACUGUACUACGUCCUACACCACGAGCGGAGUGAACACUGCCUGCGUGCCUGGGGCCAUUGCCAGUGGUGAUACGUACGGUCACUGCCAGCUUGCAAGUGGAGGUGAGGGCAUGUGCCAAGAGAUCGGUUUAUCCCAGGCUGGCGUGGCGCUCAGUGGAAUGCUGGGCGAGUACGCCGACACCAUUUGGGCCAUCGGCUUGUUGGCGGCAGGGCAGAGCUCGACGAUGACGGGGACGUACGCGGGUCAGUUCGUCAUGGAAGGGUUCCUGCAGCUUCACCUGUCGCCGUGGAAGCGUGUGGCCCUCACGCGGUGCGUGUCGCUCGUCCCAGCGAUGACGGUGGCCAUCCUCAGCCAGCAGAACCCCGCGGACAGCGACCACAUGGACGAGCUGCUCAACGUGCUGCAGUCCAUCCAGCUACCGUUCGCGCUGCUCCCUGUGCUGAUCUUCACCAGUUCCCCCUCCAUCAUGGGCGACUUCGCCAACAGCCGAGCAACGGUAGUGACCGGGUGGCUGCUGGGCGGACUGGUGUGCGUCAUCAACCUGUACCUGAUCUUCACGAACCUGGAGGGUCUAGCUCUCGGUGCUGUCGGACUCGUGGCGCUGGGAGGCACUUGCUGCCUGUACUUCGGCUUCCUCGCCUACCUGGCUCGAGCCGACAUGACCUUGUCCGCUCAACGCGCGCGCACAGCCUCCAGCUCUCGACGCAUAUCGCAGGACGUCUAA